GUCGUAGAAAAUAGUGUCUCCAUUUAGGUAUUCCGGGCCCCUUCAAAAUUUCUACACAUGUAGGUUCUUGUCUGAGUACAAUCGUAGUUAGUCGUAUGCAAUUGAAUCAGCCAUCAGACGAGAACUUAUUGUGCACUUUUGAGCUCGAGUAAGACCAAAUUCUAAAUUGUUCGCGACACCCGAGAGAAACUGCAGCCGCCCCUGUGCGCAUGUCGAGCGACCUACACACAAAAGCAGCACCGAGCAGGCCAGAAUCGGAAUACAGCACGACCGCACACACACACACACACACGCUCGCACUCACACGGCGCUUUGGUUGUUGGAGUAGUUCGCGUGGUGGUUCUCUUCUCAGUGGUUGGCGGAUUCAUUUGAACAUUUGGUGGCACAGCGAGCGGACAUAGACGAGAGGAAACAGUUUCAGCUACAGCUACAGCAACAGCAACAGCAACAAAGGUUAAACGAAGGGAAAACGCAUCUAAGGCCAGCGGAGAGAGAGACAGACCUACUGGAGACCCCCUGGUCUUUGUCCGUCGCGGAAAACGGCAUUGAGGACUGGAGUGGACUGGACUGGAUUGGAAUUACAAGAGACUCAACUAAGUGCGCAAUUACAACAAAAGCGAAACGUGCGCAAUAAUUUGUUUAAAAUCAAUGAAGACUGCAACUGCGCAAAAGUGGAUUGCAUCACAGAGACAACAGCAGUUUUGAGGCAAAUAUAGAAAUAAAUGAGAGCUGAAAAUCAAUAGGCGAAAUCUGCAACGCUUUGAAUGAGAAGAGGCUAAAGAAACAGAAACCACUGCUGCCCGCCCGAUUCAACAAAUUUACAUAAUUGCAAACGCGCCUGGCAGCCAGAGCAGCAGGAGAAACAGCAACAACAGCAGCAAGAUGCCCUCGUUGCUGGAGGCGCUGGAGCGCAAGUACUUCGCGGAGUGCGAGUUCGAGAACGCCCACGAGCCGGAGCUGCACAAGCGCGCGGACCUGCCAAACGACUUUACGGUGACCAAGUGCGGCGGCCGGAUGGAGUUCUCCAUCUUCAUUCCGCGCCUCUCGCCCCUGACCAGCGUGCCCGCCCUGCUCGUGCUGAACGACUGCGACAUUGAUUCCGCGGGCGACUUCGAGAGCAUCCGGGACAAGUGUCAGCGCGUGCGGGAGCUGGACUUGGCGCAGAACAAGCUCAGCGACUGGCAGGAGGUGUUCAACAUCCUGAAGCACAUGCCGCGCAUCGAGUUCCUUAACCUGAGCAAGAACCAACUGGGCAGCCCGAUCGGACCCCUGGCGGAGGCGCCCGCCAUCAACCUGAAGAGUCUGGUGCUCAACGGCACCUACCUGGACUGGCAGUGCGUGGACACGCUGCUGCAGAACCUGCCGGUGCUGCAGGAGCUGCAUCUGAGUCUGAACAACUACACGAGUGUCCUGAUCGACGCCGAGGAGGCGGAGCGACGACUGCAGGAGGACGGGGAGGCCGGAGGCCAGUGUGACUGCCAGAAGGAGGAGAGGAGAAUCACCAAAGCCCAUCCCGCCCUCAAGACACUGCAUUUCACAGGCAAUCCCGUCGAGCACUGGCAGGAAAUAUGUCGACUGGGGCGUCUCUUCCCCAACCUGGAGGCCCUGGUGCUGGCCGACUGCCCCAUCCGGUCGCUGCAGGUGGCGGAGAGCCAGGAGUGCGACUCCCACAAGUUCUUCCCCAGCCUGAAGCUGCUGAACCUGAGCUCCGCCCAGCUAAACUGCUGGAGUGCCAUCGACGAGCUGGCCAAGUUCCAGCAGCUACAGAACCUCCGGGUCAAGCACUGGCCGCUGUGGGAGAGCCUGGAGUGCACAGAGCACGAGCGCCGCCAACUGCUAAUCGCUCGGCUGCCCAACGUGGAGAUGCUGAACGGCGGCGGCAAGAUCGGCACGGACGAGCGCAUCGAUGCGGAGCGCGCUUUCGUCCGUCACUACAUGGACAAGCCGGAGUCGGAGCGACCGGCGCGGUACGAGGAGCUGCUCAAGGUGCACGGCAAGCUGGACCCCCUGGUCGAUGUCAGCCUCAAGCCGGAUAAGCGCAUCAAGGUCAUCUUCAACUAUGGCGAGAUGCGCGAGAGCCGAUUCGUGGACAUCUAUCUGACGGUGAACGACCUGAAGGCGAAGCUGGAGAAACUCGUCAAUCUGCCGCCCAACAAGAUGCGUCUCUUCUACCUGGACCAGGACUACAAGGAGUUCGGGCCCGAGGAGAUGCGCUUCCCCAACAAGAAGUUGUACAGCUACAACAUCCAGUCGGGCGAUGAGAUCAUCAUCGAUGCCAAGAAGUGAGCUGGAACGUGGACGAAGAGGAUUUCAGAGAGGAGUGGGAAAGAACGAAAGGGAGGCCCGGCCUGGUGCUACGAACAUGUGAUCUUGUAUCAUUGCGGAUACACAACCAUAUAUAUGAACCAUUUAUAAUUAGUGUACGUUUAUUUCUAUUAUAUCAACUAUUCUCGGUUCUACCCCCGACAAGCUACUGUAAA